CUGCCCAGCCUAACCUCAACCUCAAACAAAUGAAAAGUUCAUGAAUUUCAAAUUUCUAUCAAACCAUAACAAAUACAAGAGUGAUUAAUGAUUAAUUAAGUUUUCCUCUGAUUCAUAGCUAUAGGUACCAUAGCAAAAGUUUAUUCAAUCGUAAAUUGUAAUUUUAAUGAGUCGCUUCACUGAACUUAUAUUUGAGCUCAUGAAUUCAUAAAAAAAAAUUAUAUGAAAUGGCAAAAAGCAAAAUUUCUAUUAUUUUAGAGAGUAUAGAACCCCAGGAACGUUUAAAACAGUUAAUCAAUUAUAGCAAUUUGGUGGAAGUUGAUCCUCAUGUACCUCCUUCACGAUAUUACAGGUCAGGCCUAGAAAUGGUUCGCAUGGCUAAUGUUUAUUAUGAUGAGGGCAAUCUGGAAAAUGCCUACUGCCUCUAUCUCAAAUUCAUGACCUUGUUUCUGGAAAAAGUGAGAAAGCACCCUCAAUUUAACACUGUACCCUCAAAUAUGAAGGCAGCUAACCAGGCGAAGCUUAGAGAAAUUCUACCCAGGGCAGAGCAAUUAAAAGAAAGGAUAUUGAAAAUGUAUAGACAGGAUUAUAAUACCUAUAUAACCAAAUUGAAACAACUUACCAAAGAAGCAGAAGAAAAGAAAAAACAAGCCGAUCUGAAAAAGCAAGAAAGCGGGCCUAAGCCUUUUCCUUCAGGGCCACUACCCGACUUUGUUACAGCCGAAAUUCCAGGAUCUAUUGACGGAGUUAGCUAUCCUGAUCCUAAUUUAACUGGACCAUCUAUUAAAGCUGUACCGUCUGCGCCCGAGCUACCUCCACCUUAUGAAAGUGAUAACUUUGUUCCGCCAAUACCAUCUUUUGAUAGAAGUAAAAAGCCUUCAUCAGACUCGUAUGAUACUGAUACUUUGAAAGGAGUUUUAGUACCUUCCAAAGUUAUGACACUUUUUGAAAGUCUAGCAAAAAGUAAUACUGUGAAAAACAUUGAAACUUGUGGGAUUUUAGCUGGAAAACUGGAAAAAAAUCAAUUAAUAAUCACUCACAUGAUUGUACCAAAACAAAACGGCACUGCUGAUUCCUGUUUAACAACAAACGAAGAAGAAAUAUUUGAUUAUCAAGAUCAGCACAAUUUGAUUACUAUUGGGUGGAUUCAUACGCAUCCAACACAAACUGCAUUUUUAUCGAGUGUUGACCUGCACACUCAUUGUCCCUAUCAAUUAUUAAUGCCCGAGGCAAUUGCUAUUGUAUGUUCUCCAAAAUAUAACAAUACCGGAUUUUUCAUUCUAACACCAAAUUAUGGUCUCAAAUAUAUUGCCAAUUGUAGACAGACUGGUUUUCAUCCUCAUCCAGCAGAUCCUCCUUUAUUUAAGAAUGCCGACCACGUUAAAAUUGAGAAUGCACCAUUAGAAGUACUAGAUUUACGCAAAUGAGCCAAAACAAGUAAUAAAUAUUGUUGGAGUAUGUGUAAAAGUUAUCUUAAUAUGCACCUUAACCUUUUCUGGCAAAUAUAGCCGACUCAAAUGAGGGCCAAUUACUUUUACCUAGUAGAGGACUAGUAGAUGUAAUGUUUCCGAGCAUGCAGAUACCUUUGGUUAUCCCAUAUAGAUUUCAUGGAUGUUCUGUCUCCCUUUUUAGUUUAGUUUAGUUUGUUUUAUUGACGGACUAUGUCAUUUACAAAAUUUAAUUACAAACAAUUUCUUAAAUGUAAAUCCUAAUAAUUAUCAUUAUAAAUCGAUUAAUAUUAUAAUCUAGAAUCUAGGGGAUAUACAAACUCAGAAACUUAUAAAAUAUUAUACAACUAAAGAUAACAGAUUUUUCAAUUUAUUUAUUUAUAUAUUUUUUCCUAUUUUAUUUUAAUGUUUAGAAUUACGUUGAAGGUAUUUCUUUUUUCAAUUCUUAAUUUAUUGUUUACAAUUAUGUUGAAAGUAUUAUCAAAUAAAAACCAUACAAACAAUUUCCUAUCAGUUAGAUUUCCAAUGGGAGAUUGAUAGAAUAAACGCUAGAUCAUAUGUUAUCAAAAUUUUUUUUUGAGAAGAUUUUUAAAGCUAUUAAUGCUAAUGUUGAAAAUAUCAACAUCAAAAUUUUCUAAAAAUACAUUAGCACACCUGCAUGAUCUGUCCAUUGCUGAAUUAUAUUCCUAGUUAAUUCUGUGAUAUCUAACUGCAAAUAGAUUAUUUUGUCUAAUAUUCCUGACAGGUAUAUGAAAAUUUAUUCUACUCAAAAGAUCUGGAGAAUCUAUAAUGUUGUUAAUUAUCUUAAAUAAUAUGCACAAGUCGUAGUAUUUUCUACGAUUUUCAAGCUUGUUAAAUUGAGUACUGAAUACAGCUGGUCAUAAUCGACAGAGUCUGCAGGAAUGCUUAACUUAUACGCUAUAAAACGCAGAAAUUUCUUCUGUAC